UCGACGAGGUUCUGGGGACUAAAUUACGAUAAUGGAUCCGCGUUGUCAAUGUCCCACUUUACCCCAGAUAUUCUGGAUAAGCGAGCAAGCGCCCAUUCAAGAAGACUUCCAGGAAAGUAUCGGGGAUUCCUCCCUCUCGCUGACCUCCCGCUUCCUCCGUCCUAUUAUUCCUACGUCCUCCGGUCAAAGUUUAACAUCCAAUUUCAUCCUGAAAUGGGAAGAGAUUGAGAGAAAUCUGAUCUUCAACCUUUCAUUCUUAAAGCCCGCAGUCCUCCGUCGUCGAUCGAUCAGUCUCUCCCUCUUAUUUAGCGAAGUGGAGCUCAGGACACCGUCGGAGAGACGGUGGGGUUCAAGAGUGAAAAGGGGAUCGUCCGGCCAAAGGAUGGCUCAGAAUCUGCAAAAAAGUUCUUAGUCCGUCCGGUGGUUUUCAGUCGAGCGAUCUCCCUCUCGAACGGUAUGUAGCGAGAUCAUAUUCUGUACUCUGCUGGUAAAAUUCGGGUUGUUAUUGCUGGUUGAAAUGUUCUGGACCUAUUUGAUCAACAAAGAGCGAAUUAGUACUGAAUGGUUCUAGUUUUCUUCACUAGUUACUUGAAGCCUUUUCAUUGGUUACGGUAAGUUUCUCUUGCCUGUGGAAUGCUCGAUGGAAGUAGAUGAAAAAACUGAAAAGUCUCCAUCUGGGGAUCAACUUAUGCAAUGGAAUCAAUGGCAACUAUUGGAUUCCAUUCUUCCAACUGGUGGAUUUGCUCAUUCUUACGGUCUUGAGGCUGCUGUGCAAGCAGGUAUGGUUCUUGGGCCGGAAGAUCUCAAAACAUACAUAAUCCAAAUAUUAGAGAAUACAGGUAGCCUGCUGCUCCCUUUUGUGAAUAAAGCAAACAGGUUUCCUGAUCUGGAGACAUCGUCCCUGCUUGACAGAACAUUGGAAGCAACUUUAACUAAUGAAGUAAGCAGAAAAGCAUCCGUUACUCAAGGAUCAGCUCUCUUGAGGGUGGCUGCUUCCGUGUUUACUGAGUUGCCGAUUCUUAAGAAAAUGAGGGAACUGCUACUAAGUUCAGGAAUCGUCUAUGUUCACCAUGCACCAAUUUUCGGGUUGGUAACUGGUCUCCUUGGCUUCGAUUCAGCAACAAGUCAGCGUGCUUACAUGUUCAUGACGAUGCGGGACAUAAUUUCUGCAGCAACAAGACUGAAUUUGGUUGGGCCAUUAGGAGCAGCAGUGCUGCAGCACCAAGUAGCUCAAGUGGCAGAAGGAAUUGUGAGGAAGUGGCUUAAUCGGCCGGUUGAAGAGGCAUGCCAAAUAGCUCCCCUGGUUGAUACUGUACAGGGUUGUCAUGGGUAUUUGUUUUCUCGGAUGUUUUGUUCCUGAAGUGAUUUGAAAGAGAAGCCACAUAAAUUCAUUCUAUCAAUGUUCCCAACUGUAGAUUGGGAAACUACAUCAGUGCAUUACAAUUAAGGUAAAGUGAGGUACCCAGGCUACUGGACUUGCAACUAGUUUUGUUGGCCACCUUUAACACCAACCAGCGUCCUUUCAGAGGACGGACAGCCAAAUAAUGCAGAUGUCCGCGUUAUUGUGGAGUGUCCUGUUCCAUUUAGCACAAACAUGGGCCACUCGAGGCUGCAUUUGUUACUGUUAUUGGCAUCCCAGGAAACAAACAUGCUAUAAGUUGCAAAUGGGUUAGCUUGAAGACAGUUAUUUUUUCUCUUAUAUCCUGCUUUUAAAUAGACUUGUAAGAUGUGUUUGAAGA